UGGAGCACAGAGGGGCUGCUGAAAUGGAGAGUCUCAAGACUGAUACUGAAAUGCCCUAUCCUGAGGAAAUAGUAGAUGUGGGCAAAGUGAUUUUUGGGGAAGAAAACAGGAAGAAGAUGACCAACAGCUAUUUGAAAAGAUCUGAGAAUUCUAGAAUUAUCCGGGCUAUAUGUGCACUGUUAAAUUCUGGAGGUGGUGUGAUCAAAGCAGAGAUUGAUGAUAAAACCUAUAGUUACCAAUGCCAUGGGCUGGGACAGGAUUUGGAAACUUCUUUUCAAAAGCUCCUUCCUUCAGGUUCACAGAAAUACCUUGACUACAUGCAGCAGGGGCACAAUCUCCUCAUUUUUGUGAAGUCAUGGAGCCCAGAUGUUUUCAGCCUUCCACUAAGGAUUUGCAGCUUGCGCUCCAAUUUAUAUCAGAGAGAUGUGACUUCUGCUAUCAACUUGAGUGCUAGCAGUGCCCUGGAGCUUCUCAGAGAGAAAUGUUUUAGAGCCCAAAGAGGAAGACCAAGGGUGAAGAAGUUGCGUCCUCAGCAGGUUCUUGAUAGAUACAUUCAAGAAGAGGAAGAUAUGAGGAUAUUGGCCUCAGAGUUUUUUAAAAAGGACAGACUCAUGUAUAAGGAGAAACUCAACUUUACUGAGUCAACACAUGUCGAAUUUAAAAGGUUCACCACCAAAAAGGUCAUACCUCGGAUUAAAGAAAUGCUGCCUCAUUAUGUUUCUGCAUUUGCCAACACUCAAGGGGGAUAUGUCCUCAUUGGGGUGGAUGAUAAGAGCAAAGAAGUGGUUGGAUGUAAGUGGGAAAAAGUGAAUCCUGAUUUAUUAAAAAAAGAAAUCGAAAACUGCAUUGAAAAAUUGCCUACAUUCCACUUCUGCUGUGAGAAGCCAAAGGUAAAUUUCACUACAAAAAUCCUGAACGUGUACCAAAAAGAUGUCCUGGAUGGUUAUGUCUGUGUGAUUCAAGUGGAGCCCUUCUGUUGCGUGGUGUUUGCAGAGGCCCCAGAUUCCUGGAUCAUGAAAGACAAUUCUGUCACACGGCUGACAGCUGAGCAGUGGGUGGUCAUGAUGCUGGAUACUCAGUCAGCUCCUUCCAGCUUGGUCACAGACUACAACUCUUACCUGAUUUCAUCAGCUUCAUUUGCACGAAAAAGUCCUGGAUAUCCCAUAAAAGUCCAUGAAUUUAAGGAGGCUCUGCAACGACAUUUGUUUCCAGUGACACAGCAAGAGGUACAAUUUAAACCAGAAUCCCUCUGUAAGAAGCUGUUCUCAGAUCAUAAAGAACUGGAGGGAUUAAUGAAGACCCUGAUACAUCCUUGUUCUCAGGGGAUUAUGAUAUUUUCUAGAAGCUGGGCUGGUGAUGUUGGCUUCAGGAAAGAACAGAAUGUCCUGUGUGAUGCUCUCCUAAUAGCAGUUAACAGCCCCAUGGUACUCUAUACAAUCUUAAUAGACCCCGAUUGGCUUGGAGGACUUGAAUAUGCCCGAAACACAGCUCAUCAGUUAAAGCAGAAACUGCAAGCUGUUGGUGGUUAUACAGGGAAAGUGUGCAUCAUUCCAAGGCUGAUACACCUGACCAGCACACAGAGUAGAGCUGGUGAGAUCCCGCUGCGCUACCCCAGGUCCUACAGGCUUGCUGAUGAGGAGGAAAUGGAAGACUUGCUGCAGGCUCUUGUGGUGGUCUGCCUGUGCUCCAGAUCUCUUCUGAGUGACCAGCUGGGCUGUGAGUUUUUCAACUUGCUUAUAAUGGAGCAGAACCAGUUGCUUUCUGAGAGUCUUCAGGAGACGCGUGAAUUAUUCAUCCACUGCUUUCCAGGAAUCAGGAAGACAGCCCUAGCCAUAAAGAUCAUGGAGAAAAUUAAGGACUUGUUUCACUGCAAACCAAAAGAAAUCCUCUAUGUUUGUGAAAGUGACUCCCUAAAGGAUUUUGUGACCCAACAAACCACCUGCCAAGCUGUGACCCGGAAAACUUUCAUGCAAGGGGAGUUUCUAAAGAUUAAACACAUAGUGAUGGAUGAGACUGAGAAUUUCUGCAGCAAAUUUGGCAAUUGGUACAUGAAGGCUAAGAACAUCACCCAUCCAAAGGCAAAGGGGGCUGGAAGUGAAAACCUUCACCAUGGGGUUCUCUGGCUUUUUCUUGACCCUUUUCAAAUCCAUCAUGCAGAUGUCAGUGGCCUUCCCCCUCCAUCUGCUCAGUUUCCUCGCAAAACAAUCACCAGUGGGAUCCACUGUGCUCUGGAAAUAGCAAAUAUUAUGAAAGAAGAAAUGAAGAGGAUCAAAGAAAAUCCUCCCUCCAACAUAUCUCCAGACACAUUAGCAUUGUUCAGGGAGACUGCCUAUGAGGAAGCAAUGUGUGCCCAGGGUCUGCCUGGAGUGUGUGAGACAAAGACUAAUCUGACAACAGAACAAAUAGCUAACUAUGUGGCAGGAAAAUGUCACAGCCUGUUCCAGUGUGGCUAUCUGCCCAAAGAUAUAGCAAUUCUGUGCAGGAGAGGGGAGGACAGAGGACGCUAUAAGCUUGCACUGCUAAAAGCAAUGGAAUUAAUUGAGACCCACAGAGCAUCAGAGGUUGUGUUUAGCCAGGCCACUGGUGUUUGCGGAAGCCACAUUGUUUUAGACAGUAUUCAGCAAUUUUCAGGCCUGGAGAGGACUAUCGUGUUUGGGCUUAGUCCAGAAUGCGACCAGUCAGAGGAAUUUCAUAAGCUCUGCUUUGCUUCAAGAGCUAUUAAACACCUCUACCUGCUUUAUGAAAAGAGGGCAACCUUCUGAAAAUUAUUACAAAUAAUAGAGGAAGGCAGGAAGAGCAGAGUCCUUUCUCCUAGACAGGUGGCAGUGACUCCCUUUUAAUAUUACAAGUGAGGAAAUCAAGGUACAUCAGUAUGG